AGACGCAGACGCUCUCCCGGUCGCCGGUGGCGGUUUGGUUUGGGCCCAUGUCAUGUCGCGACAGAAGAAUCAAAGUUUCAAGGGCCAUGGAUUGUCAAAAGGAAAAGAGCGAGAGCCAAGAACGUUAAUCCGGUUCAAGACCACACUCAUGAACACUCUCAUGGACGUUCUGCGCCACAGGCCCGGAUGGGUGGAAGUGAAAGACGAAGGCGAGUGGGAUUUCUACUGGUGUGACGUCAGCUGGCUGCGUGAGAACUUUGACCACACCUACAUGGAUGAGCAUGUGCGGAUCAGCCACUUCCGGAACCACUAUGAGCUUACCAGGAAGAACUACAUGGUGAAGAACCUCAAGCGUUUCCGGAAGCAGCUGGAGCGCGAGGCAGGGAAGGUGGAGGCAGCCAAGUGUGACUUCUUCCCCAAAACCUUUGAGAUGCCCUGCGAGUACCAUCUGUUUGUGGAGGAGUUCCGCAAGAACCCUGGAAUCACCUGGAUCAUGAAGCCUGUCGCCCGGUCUCAGGGGAAGGGCAUCUUUCUCUUCCGGAGACUGAAGGACAUCAUGGACUGGAGGAAGGGCACUGUGGGGAAGAAGCUCACCAUUGUGGAGGCACAGCCUAACCGUGCCAACAUGAACACCUCAGGUAGCCAUGACACGAAGAGUUCUGAUGACCAGAAAGACGAGAUACCAGUGGAGAACUAUGUGGCUCAGCGUUACGUGGAAAACCCCUACCUGAUAGGAGGCCGCAAGUUCGACCUGCGAGUCUAUGUUCUGGUGAUGUCGUACAUCCCUCUGCGGGCUUGGCUGUACCGUGAUGGCUUUGCCCGAUUCUCCAACACCCGCUUCACACUGAAUAGCAUCGAUGACCAUUAUGUUCACCUCACCAAUGUCGCCGUGCAGAAGACAUCUCCUGACUACCACCCCAAAAAGGGCUGCAAAUGGAUGCUCCAGCGCUUCCGACAGUACCUGGCCUCCAAACACGGUCCCGAGGCUGUAGAGACACUCUUCAGUGACAUGGACAACAUCUUCAUCAGGAGCCUGCAGAGCGUGCAGAAGGUGAUCAUCAGCGACAAGCACUGCUUCGAGCUGUAUGGCUAUGACAUCCUCAUUGACCAAGACCUCAAGCCGUGGCUCUUAGAAGUCAACGCAUCUCCUUCGCUGACAGCCAGCAGCCAGGAGGACUAUGAACUCAAGACGUGCCUGCUGGAAGACACCCUGCAUGUGGUGGACAUGGAAGCCAGACUCACAGGAAGGGAGAAGAGAGUCGGGGGCUUCGACCUCAUGUGGAAUGAUGGCCCUGUCAGCAGAGAGGAGGGGCCUCCUGACCUAUCAGGGAUGGGAAACUUUGUGACCAACACACACUUAGGCUGCGUCAAUGAUCGGAAGGAGCAGCUGAGACAGUUGUUCCGAUCCCUUCAAGUGCAGAAGAAAGCUCCUGGCUGACCGUAGACAGGCAGGAGGCCCUGGCAGGUGCCGCCCUGGCCUCUCACAGCAGGACUCCUCCGGCACUGCACACCAGUUCUCACCUCCCUCCAGCCUGGCCGCCAUUUUAUUGGAGAGGCAGCCUCUGCUUGCUACUUGGACCAGACACCCUAGACUCCCCACUCUAGCAACCCCCCCCCCCAUCUCUGAAGCAGGGACAGC